ACCCAAAAUCAUAGCCCCGACCAAUCGUAAUUACGCAAUUAGAGAGAGCGAAGAACAGAAAAACUCAACGAGAAGUGCUUAAUCGAGUGGCUUGGAGAUUGAAAAAUCGAUCAAUCAUAAUGUACAGAGCUGCAUCUUCACGCCUUACGUCUCUCAAGGGUCGCACAAUCAGUAGCUCACCUAAGAGAUUUGCAAGUGCUUCUGCUGUUGGUGCUGUACAGUCAUCCUCGUCAGGUGGAAUCUUCGGCUGGUUGUUUGGUGAUAAGUCUAAGACUUUGCCUCUAGAAUUCCCACUUCCAGGGGUUGAACUCCCUUCCACAUUGCCUGAUUAUGUUGCACCUGGAGAAACUAAGAUUACAACUCUCUCAAAUGGCAUAAAAAUUGCAUCCGAAACGUCAGCGAAUCCUGCAGCAUCAAUAGGGCUUUAUGUUAACUCUGGUUCAAUCUACGAGUCUCCCGCCUCAUUUGGGGCCACACAUCUACUAGAGAGAAUGGCAUUUAAAAGCACAAGAAACCGUAGCCACUUGCGUAUUGUGCGUGAAGUUGAGGCAAUUGGCGGAAUUGUGCAAGCCUCAGCAUCACGGGAGCAGAUGGGGUACACCUUUGAUGCUCUGAAGACGUAUGUUCCUGAGAUGGUGGAGUUACUUGUUGAUUCUGUGAGGAAUCCUGUCUUUCUUGAUUGGGAAGUCAAUGAACAACUUCAAAAGGUCAAAGAAGAUAUUGCUGAAGCUUCCAAAAACCCUCAAGGCUUGCUUUUGGAAGCAAUUCACUCUGCUGGUUUUUCUGGUCCUUUGGCAAAUCCUCUUUUGGCACCUGAAUCUGCAGUAAAUAGAUUGAAUAGUACGAUCUUGGAGGAAUUUUUAGCUGAAAAUUUCACUGCUCCUCGAAUGGUGCUUGCGGCUUCUGGUGUUGAACAUGAGGAAUUGGUAUCAAUUGCAGAGCCGCUUUUGUCCGACGUAGCCAAAGCUAGUGGAACUUCAGUACCAAAAUCCGACUACACAGGAGGUGAUUAUCGUUGUCAAGCUGAUUCAGGGGACAACAGAACCCAUUUUGCUCUCGCAUUUGAAUUUCCCAAGGGCUGGUCUGAUGAAAAGAGUGCCAUGAUCUUGACUGUUCUUCAGAUGCUAAUGGGUGGAGGUGGAGCAUUCUCAGCUGGUGGUCCUGGAAAGGGAAUGUACUCAAGGCUAUAUCUACGGGUUUUGCAUGACUAUCCACAAAUUGAAUCAUUCACAGCAUUCAGCAACAUUUACCAUCACACUGGCAUAUUUGGCAUCCAAGCUACCACUAGCUCUAAUUUUGCACCAAAAGCCAUAGAUUUAGCAGUCAAUGAGCUCAUUGCUGUGGCUUCACCAGGCCAAGUUGAUCAGAUGCAGCUAGAUCGUGCGAAACAGUCAACAAAGUCUGCUAUGUUGAUGAAUUUGGAAUCCAGGAUGAUCGCUUCAGAGGACAUUGGUCGACAAAUUUUGACGUAUGGUAACAGGAAACCCUUGGAAGAUUUCCUGAAGAUUGUAGAUUCAGUUACACUGCAAGAUAUUACUCAAACAGCACAAAAGCUGCUUUCUUCUCCUCUCACAAUGGCAUCAUAUGGAGACGUUAUCAGCAUGCCAACCUAUGACUCGGUUAGCAGGAAGUUCAAAUCGAAAUGAGCUAGUCUUUAAUCUAAUUUUUUUGGGUGUGAAACCGGAAGGACUUUCACUAGCUGUCUAUACCGAUGUGCAUCAUCAAAACUUGAAGCUUUCUUAUAGCCGAUUUCCAUUCAAAUAAGGAAAUUUCAGACAUCCCCAAUAUUAGUAAUAAAUUAGCAUUCUUGGCAAGCAGCAUAUUGUUUAUGCAUGUAAUAUUUUGGUGGCAGUUUUCUUUUGUUGGCCGUGCAAUUUAGCUCCAUAUUUGACAGUGUAUGGUUUGUUAUUCAAAAGAUAACAAUAAUGAUUUUUUAAAAAUACAGUGGAAGAAUAGUAAUUUUGACUUAAUCUUAAGGGGAGAGAGUUAUUAUUCUCAUCUUUUAUUA